CCAUAAAUUUCCCACUCAAGUUUUUACAUUUAACUCAUAUAGAAAUGUUAGAUACAAAAAUUUCCCACAACAGAGUGGCUCAAGUGGCAAAUAGCUAAAAUAAUUACCCACUCAAAAUAUCCAAUUAGGUAUUUUUAUGCGCCUAACUCAAGACUCAAGUAAGUGAAUUUCACUCAAAUUUCCCCCCUUCAAAAGUACCAACUUGAAUUGCCCUUUCAAACAGAACUCAAAUAAGAAACCACUCAAAAAACUCGCUUUUCCAAUUGAAUGCGCGUCGCGCACUUUUGGGAAAUUUGUUCUUCAUAUCACAGAUCAAUGGGACGUUUGGCUCAUGUUGUUGUUAUUGUUGGUGGUGGUUGCUUUUCGGUCUGGAGUUUGGGUUCUCGACACACUUUUCGGGCAACUCACCCACCAGUCUCCGCUGCACCAUCAAACGAACCACUUCGCGUGCGGCAAUGUGAACUAACUGCGCACUCCAACUGCUCUAACUCUAUCUCUGUGUGUGUGUGCGUGCGUGUGUGUGCUUGUCUUUUAUGUGUGUGUGUGCGUGUGCGUGUGUACGAGUGGAGCUCGAAAAUGACCGAUUUCUCAAUGAAUGAAAUCCUAAGAUCAUUUAGAAAAAUGCGCAUGCAAAGGUGUUCCGGUCAAGGCAGUCAUUUGGUAACCCAACACAAUCAUCAUCAUCAUCAUCACCAGCAACAUCAUCACCAACAGCAGCAGCAGCAGCCCCAAAACUUUCAACCAUCAACAGUGCAACAGUCCAAAGAUCUGAAGAAAAUUAUUAAAAUCUUAAAGAAAAAUGUUAUCAAGGCAAAAAUUACGCGCAAAAUGAAAAUUGUUGUCUAA